GCCCACACUUUUGCGAACGAUCGAACCUCUGCCGCCACCACCCACACUACAUCACUCUACCGCCCAACGCCUGCCAGGCAAGUCCAAAGUCAGAACCGCGUAUCAUGGCCGAAGAGGCAAUUUCCAGAGGAACUCUGCGGGCCAUCUACACCACCGGGCCCGAGUCGGUCCAAAACCCCAUCCUGCAAUGCGUGCAGAUCAAGGCUAUGGAGUCCAAGGGUGGCGAGGAUAGGUUUCGCAUAGUGCUGAGCGACGUUGAUCACUUUAUCCAGAGCAUGCUGGCGCAUCAGAGCAACCACCUCAUUAAAAACGGAACGCUCAAGAGAGGCUCCAUAGUUCGCUUGAAGCAAUUCCACCCCCAGGACAUCAAGAACAGGAAGAUUCUGGUCGUUCUCGCCCUCGAUGUGCUGACAGACUACGGAGAGCUUGAUAAGAUUGGACAGCCUAUUGGGCUGGAAACCUCUAUCAAGCCUGAAGCUGGACAGACGCCGCAACCUGAAGCGCAACCACAGGCGCAGCCGCAAGCGCAACAGCCCGCUGAUAUUGGAGGCAACAACUUCUACGGCACCAACAAGCCCAUUAAACAGCAACAGUCUUCUUUGCCUUCGCGUAAUGCGCCGACCGGCGCUCCCCCGGGUCUUGCCACCCUCUACCCCAUCGAAGCACUGUCGCCAUACACUCACAAGUGGACCAUCAAGGCACGAUGCACGAACAAGAGCGGUAUCAAAGAGUGGCACAACAAGAACGGAAGCGGCAAAUUGUUCAGUGUGAAUUUACUGGACGAGAGUGGUGAGAUCAGAGCUACAGGGUUCAAGGACCAUUGCGACCAGCUGUACGACGUCUUCCAGGAGGGUGACGUCUAUUACAUCUCCAACUGUCAGGUCAAAUUGGCGAAGAAGCAGUUUUCCAAUGUCAACAACGACUAUGAACUGACCUUCCAGAACGACUCCAUAGUGGAGAAGGCUGAAGACCCCGACAGUGUGCCCCAGGUGCGCUACAACUUCACCAGCAUUGGCGAUCUGCAGUCUGUUGAGCCUAACAACACGAUCGACACCAUCGGAAUCCUCAAGGAUGCUGGCGAGGCGGGAGAGAUCAUCUCUAAGUCUACGGGCAAGCCUUACAGGAAGCGUGAACUUACUCUCGUCGACGAUACCAUGCACUCAGUACGCCUGACGAUAUGGGGAGAUUCCGCUAUGAACUUUGAGGUGCCCGUGGAAUCUGUUCUUGCUUUUAAGGGUGUCAAAGUCUCAGACUUUGGUGGCCGCAGUUUGAGCUUACUGAGCGCUGGCUCCAUGAACGUCGACCCCGACAUCGACGAAGCCCAUAAACUGAAGGGCUGGUAUGACGCACAGGGCCGCAACGACGAGUUCACGACGCACCAACAAGCGGUCGGCACAACUAGCAACAAGCGCCAGGAGUACAAGACUAUUGCUCAGGUGCACGAGGAGCAGAUUGGCAUGUCCGAUGAAGCACAGUUCUUCAACCUUAAGGCCACUAUCAUUUAUGUGAAGCACGAAAACUUCGCCUAUCCGGCCUGUGCUAGCGAGGGAUGCAACAAGAAAGUGGUUGAGGUCAACCCCGGCGAAUGGCGUUGCGAGAAGUGCAACACGACACACCCGAACCCGCAGUAUCGCUACAUCAUGAGCUGCAACGUCAGCGACCAUACGGGCCAGCUGUGGCUCAGUUGCUUCGACGAGACCGGCCGCAUUAUCAUGGACAGGAGCGCCGACGAACUGGUUGAGAUGAAGGACAGCGAAGACAGGACGGCAGAGGCGGACAGCGUGUUUGUGGACGCAACGUGCAAGUCUUUCGUCUUCAGGGUCAAGGCCAAGAUGGACACUUUCCAGGAUCAGCAGAGGGUCCGCUAUCAAGUUUCCAGCUGCAGGCCACUCGACUUCAAGUCCGAGUGCACGACGUUGACGGAGAUGAUCAAGCAGUACAGCCUGGAGGACAACAGCCUCUUUGUCAACUAAACUGGCAUGGUUUAGGCAGGAUGAAAUUGGCUUAAGGGCAGCGAUGGCUUCUUUGGCUCACACAACUGGCUGGAAAGGGUGGAGAUUAUUGAAUCGGGAGUCUGGCGUUAAACGAGCGUGGUUGAGUAGCAAACAUAUGGAUGAGGUAGGCUAUUAGGGAUGAUACGCUAGCGGUGUGCUGGAUUCCGAGUUUGUUUAUCCGAUUAUCAUUUUUUUAUAGCAAGAAAAUAGCCAUGAGUUUCUGUAG